AUGGCGAAAGUGGAAAGUCAUCGAAAACCGACCCCCCCCCAUACUCCCCAGGCCCUAUGCACUCCAUCGACUACAUCCACCUCGUGGCGCGAAACAGAAGUAUAUGCACGAGCGGCCCAAGGGGAUAAGAAGCGAACUUCCAAGACCCAUCCUCCCCCUACUUGCUCAGAGAUAGAGGACUGGGUUAAGUUUAUCCUCCCAUGUACUGGAGCAGGCCCUGAUGUGCAUUCCAUUGCGGAUUGUAUUGUCAGAGUAGUCGACAAGAUACAGGAGUCCGAAAGCUCCAACCAUCAGCUCCGAAUGAAAGUUAAAACGUUUGAGGAAAUCGGCAACUCCAACGAUAAGCUAAAGGAGAAAAUAAGGCAAAUAGAGCAUGAGAAGAAGGAAGAUUUCUGUCUGUCGACUAAGGUGAUAAUGCUACAGCAUAACCACACGAAAUCGGAGAAGAAGAUGGACAAGGAGUUCAACACACUGCGCGAACGACUGUCCACAUUGGAAAAAGAAAAAGAAGCCGAUCGCGUCAAACGGCAGCUACUGGUCGGUCACAACAACGCAGUGGACAAGCAGAUCGACACACUACAAAAGCAAGUGUCGACACUGGUCAAGGCAAAGAAAGUUGUCAUCGACAAGCUUGAGGCAAUGGAGGUGAAGAUCGGGCCAAUGAACGGUGAAAUGGAGGCAAUAGAGAGGAAGCUCGAGGCUAGGUACCAUACAGCCUGCUACGUACAUAGAGGCCACGCUACCAUCCAAGCAUACCUUAGAGGGUCAGAGUCUAAGUAUAGAUACAUUGGCUAA